AGAUAUUAGCAGUAGUAAAUCCAUAAACUGGCAAUAAGAGUCCGCUAACACAUGAAAGCAUUUUGUGGGGCAGCAUCGCGGAAAUUCAAUGGGAGGCAGUCACACUCAGCAAAUCCAUGACUGAGCAGAAAUACCUAAAUGAUAGACCUCACUCUCUCUUUACUCUCUAUAAUGAAUAUCAACCAGCUUUUCAGUGUUAAAGACAAGGUUGUUCUUGUUACCGGUGGAUCUCGCGGCAUUGGUGAGAUGAUCGCCACUGGCUUCGUCCAAGGUGGUGCCAAGGUCUACAUCAGCAGCCGGUCUGCUCAGGCCUGUGACGAGGUUGCUGAAAAGCUCAACAAACUCGGCCCUGGCUCUUGUAUCCCUAUCCCUGCCGACCUCCAAAAGAGCGAAGAUGUCAAGAGAUUGGCUGCUGAGAUUGGCAAGCGCGAGAAGCAUCUCGAUGUCCUCGUCAAUAACGCCGGUGCCACUUGGGGAAGCCCUAUUGAAGAAUACCCAGACGCUGCUUUCAGCAAGGUUAUGAACCUUAACGUCAAGAGCAUUUUCACCUUGACUCAAGCCUGCUUGCCUUUGUUGGAGGCCAAGGCUACCGCAGACGUCCCAUCCCGUGUCAUUAACAUCGGAUCCAUCAACGGUAUCAACAUCCCUGCCCACGAAACCUAUGCCUACUCUGCUUCCAAGGCCGCUGUCCACCAACUUACCAAGCAUCUUGCUGGCAAGCUCGGUCAUCGUCAUAUUACCGUCAACGCCAUCGCUCCUGGUUCUUUCCAAUCCAAGAUGAUGAAGGAGACCUUGGAGAAGUUCGGUGAUAUCAUUGUCGCUAGUGUGCCCGUUGGUCGUAUCGGUAGUCCCGAAGAUAUUGCCGGUACUGCUAUUUACUUGUCAUCUCGCGCUGGCCAAUAUACCAAUGGAGCUGUUAUUGUUGUUGAUGGUGGCGUCAUUGUCAGUGCCAAGAUGUAAAACAGUUUGCUUACGAGAACAAAUAUUUUCUUCCAUUUAAAUGUUGUAAUAAAGAUAUCUUAAACUACCUUACACUCAU